AUGAGCAGACGGGGCAUUCAGAGGACGGGGGUCCGGUCUGAGGAAGAACUAUCUAUACCCGUGUACACGGUCACGGCCCGCGAUACGGUUCCGGUUCAGGAGGAAGAUUCUGGUGGGCGUGUAUGGUGUUUUGAUAUGUUUGGCGAUGCUUGCGGUCUUUGCUGGCGCUUUGGCUGUGAGGAGGAAUAG